CUGCAGCCUGAAAAAGUUUUUGGAAAAGGAAAGGAACUAAGGUCUACCAGAAAAUCACAGGUGUCCAGAAUGCAAGAAAGUUCUCCAAUCAGAACAAAAAGAUCAUCAUCAUCAUCAUCAUCAUCAUCAUCAUCAUCAUCAUCAUCAUCAUCAUCAUCAUCAUCAUCAUCAUCAUCAUCAUCAAUAUAAGUUCAGGGAUUUUCAAGAUGAGUUAGAAUUAAAGGAUUUGGAGCAAUAAGUAAUGUACAGCCCAGCUCUGCAUCAUAAGAAAGAUACCUGAACCAGAGUACAAAAAAUGCAAGUGAAUUUUAACUGAAUUGGUAUUUGUGGAAGGUGAACUCCCUCUACCACGCCUCUCUUCUCCUCCCUGAGUGACUCAGUCGCUGGUGAAGAAGCCGGGAAGCUAUUGAGACUCUCAGAUGGAGAACGAUAUCACUCUCCUGUAAGCUGAACUGCUCAACCUUAAGCACCAGGGACUGGAUUCUAGAGUUUCUCAUUCAUGGUAUAAGAAAAAGAUAAAAGGCCUGUGAACAAGAUGACAACAUUCACCGUUGCAAAAUCAUCACCUGACAAACAUGAUUCCAAGAAUGCUUCCCUUGCAAUGAAGAGCAGGCAGCAGGUUCUUAAUGAGGUCAACAAGCGGAGGACCCUCUUGCAAGAUAACAGCUGGAUAAAGAAACGACCAGAAGAGGAAACCGCUGAAGAAAACUAUGGCAGAGUUGUCCUCAACCAAUACAAGUCACAAGAAAGCUUACACAGGAAUGCAGAUGAAAAGGAUGAACAGAGAGCUAUGCUUAACCGGUAUAGAUCGGAUACUACUUUAAAUAGAAUUUCUGACAGGGAUAAUGACGAUGGCAAAGCAAAGAAGCUUCCCACCUUGGAUGGCAGGUCAAAUAAUGGCAAGGAAUUAGUUGUACAAGGGAACAUGGACAACGCCACUUCUCCAGUGAAGAAGAAAAGGCAAUCAUGGAUGCCUCCCCCAGUUCCAACUCAGAAGCCCACUACUGACAAUAUAGAAUCCCACAAAAGAGUGGCCUCUCCUUCAGGCAGACCUGGAGGACCAAAAAUGACUGUGCGCACGUCAGAGCCAAUUAAAUCUCCAAAGCCAAAUAAUGUUGUGAAUGACCAGCUCAGAGCAAGGCAAAUAUGUCCAGCAAAACCUAGCGAAUCAGAUGCUGGCAGAAACACUACUGCGGAGAGGACUGGGAGAACCCAAGGCCUGGACAGUCUCAUCCAAGUCAAAGUGGCAGCUGAUAAAAGUGAAAAGGGCAACCUGGAUGAUCUGAUCAAAGUGAAUCCUGCAUCAAAUGGACGUGACAAGGAAGACUUAGAUGAUCUCAUAAAAGGGAAACCUGCAUUGAAUGGACACAACAAGGGAGACUUAGAUGAUCUCAUAAAACCUGCAUCGAAUGGAUGCAACAAAGGAACCCUUGAUGACCUCAUCAAAGUGAACCCUACAGCGAAUGGACAUAACAAAGGGGGAAGAGAUCUGGAUGACUUCAUUGAUGUCAAUAACACUGCACCACAAAACAAAAGAAGCCGAGAGCUUGAUGACCUCAUUGUGAUAAAAUCAUCUACUGCGGAUCAAAAUAAAAAGAGGGUAUCUGAACAAGAGUGUGAAUCAGCCCGUGCUCCAGACAAGCAGACGGACAUGAAACGCUCAUACCAGGUUACAAGAGAAUCCAGCUAUAAUGCCUCAAGCAGUUACUCACAUCCAAAGGACACUACUGUGUACACAAGGACAUAUGAGAAUAGCAAAUUUCCCCAUGAUAGUUAUGAAGACAUCAUCCAUGGAAAAUCUAUCAAAACUGUUUAUUCGACUUCUGACAGGACCGUGAUUGAAAAAGAAAUGUGCACAUUCUGCCGGAAGCCCUUGGGCACAGACACUAAGAUGGUUCUUGAUGCCUUGCAGAUCUGCUGCCAUGCAACUUGCUUCAAGUGUGAAGUUUGCAAAGGACCUCUGGAAAACCUGAAGGCAGGAGACAGCAUUUGGAUUCACAAGAACACAGUGCAUUGCGAGCCCUGCUAUUCUAAAGUGAAAGCAUCAUGGAUCUACUAAUUUUGACUUACUGGGUUUGGUGUGAUCUCAUAUGAUUAGCUGUGCACUUUUAUCUUUGACAAUCAUACAUUUUUAGGGAGGGGAUCUCUGAUGUUUGCUACAAGCCAUUGCAUACUGUAGAUACUUGCAGAGAACAAGAAGAAGAAAUUGAAAUUAUAACCAGAUUCCGAAAGAGAAGAAAUUACAUGAUGGCACUUGGUGAGAAGAUGUCUGCAGUACCCAUAAAAAGAGGUUGCCUUAAAUUCACCAUAUGAAGAUACCUGAUUAAGCUCUGAAGAAGUUGUAUUCUAUUUUGUAUUCAUUCAGGAAUAGUUCAUACGUGCAUAAAGGUUGUCAGGUAUGAAUGAAUCUCUGCAGAUCCGAUACAACAGAUAGGCACAAUGAACCCAAUAUUAGAAAUAAGUUGCAUUUAAAGUGUGUUGCAUUUACUGUCAUAGGCUUGUGGGAGGAGCCAGCAGAAUACUUUGUGCCUUGUGACCCUUGGCAUAAAAUGUGGCCCUUGUUACUUAAAGGGAUGGGCCAGUCCUGAUUUUCAGGCAAUUAUGCUCUUCAUAAAAUGAAAAACAUAACUUUCAUAUGUAUACAAAAACUUCCCUCCUCUAUUCAUAUCCGCUCUCCCAGCCCUUUAACAAAGCCUCCUCCCCCACCCCAAGUGACUGACAGUACAGUUUGCAGGACCAUAUGAUAGAAGAUUGCUGGUAAUAAGUCCCAGUCAUGGAAAGAGCUAUGGCUGGGGCUGCGGUUGAGAUGGAAACAGUGGUAAACAUAGGUAGCCAUUAGGGAAAGCCGGGAAUGGUUGAAUUGUAUGUAUUGGGAACGUCCACAACAUGGAGAUUUUGAUAUGCAACUCUUUGGCACAGAAAUUUUGUCCUAACAUCUUGAGAAUGCAAGAAGAUAAUUGAUCAUGCAAGUACAUAUGUAAGUCUUUUGAUGCUAUUGAUAAAUAUUCUGAAAGUCAGGACCCUGCUAUUGUGUUGAAUAUUGUGCUGUAUAUUUUUACCAUGGCUGUAAUCACAAACAUCAACACAUUUCUCCCUUUCUUAAAUCUAACUCUAUGCUUAUAGCUUAGUGCUAUAAAAUAAUAGAAAAAUUUCCUUGGCAUAGAGAAAUAUAUUAACAUUAAAUGUAUAAAAGGUAAAAUUAAAAUGUAAGAGACGAAGAGUUUGAUUAAUUGUAUCGCAUAGCUAUUUCCAAAUAAUCAACAGACUUUUAAAAUAUACACAGUAAUUCUAGGAUGAUAGUUUAGUUUGGAGCUGCAAACAGUAGUCCAGUGACACCUUCAAAGCAUAGUGAAAUUUAUUUCAGCAGAAGUUCUCAUGAGCCAGAGCUCACAUGGCCUGACGUGUACAUAGAGUCAAUCAUCUGAGGAAGAGACUCCCAAAAAACUUAUGGUGGAAUGAAUUUCAUUACUCUUUAAGUGCCACCGGAGUCCUGUUUUAUGUAGAAUAAUGUUUCAAUGACCUUCAAUGCCAUCAUAAGCAAAGUCAUACCCUUCUCUUCAAGAUAGUGAUUUUAGAAGGGUAUAACUGCUUAGGAUGGCCCCAUUAAUGAGUAACAUUGAAGAAAUGUGGCUGUCAAGGAUGUUGCUUGCUCUCUUAAAUCUGUAGUGUCUUUUGCAAUUGAUUUCUGCACUUCCUGGCUCGUGGCAAUAAAAGACUGACCAAGUAUGGCAACAGAGGAGAAGGGGAAAACCCAUAGCACAAAGUAACUUAUGCCCCACUUUCCAGUGGCAUCAAUAUGUGCUGCUGGGAGGGGCCGUUCCCAGCCUGAAAGUGCACUGCAGGCCGACUAAUGUCAGCUCCACCUCUGGGAAUUCUCCCAGAAGGUAUUCCAAAGUGCAGGCAUGGCCUUGGCCACUAUGGGUUUGGCCACUAUGCAGCUGUGUGGAGGUAAGCAGCCCAGCACUGGCACCCGCUGGGCACAGUGGGCACAGAUGUCAGCAUAGCACUCCCACCACUUCCAAUGCAGCUUCAACCCACCUCCUUUGGAUUGUACAGUAAGAGUGUGAAAAUAAUGGCCUGCUAAUCAGUGUUUACAUGGGAGUUCCUAGGUAGAAACACAAAUUAAAUAGUUUGUAUGUUCUGUUUUAUUUUUGUGUGCUAGAUAUAAGUGCAAGUUAUAAAUAUAAUAAAUGAAUGCAUAAAACAA